GUUUCCGAUCUGCUAGGUGUUCAACAAGUUACUAAGCCUGGCCAGUACAGCGUCCUCGCAGAAGUACCAGUCACACAUGUGGAGUCAGAUGCUGGUAUCCACCCACAGCUUCCUCAAGUCCAUCUCCAACGUGUCGGGGAAGGACAUAGGACCCCUCAUCAAGCAGUGGGUAGACCAGAGUGCGGUGGUGAAGUUCUUUGGCAGUUUUGCCUUCAACAGGAAACGGAACGUUCUAGAACUGGAGAUUCGACAGGACUACACCUCCUCUGGAACACAGAAAUAUGUGGGACCCAUCAAGGUGACAGUCCAGGAGCUGGAUGGGUCCUUCAACCACACGCUACAGAUCGAAGAGAACAGCCUGAAGCACGACAUCCCCUGCCACUCCAAGAGCAGACGAAACAAGAAGAAGAAGAUCCCUUUGAUGAACGGGGAGGAGGUUGACAUGGACCUGUCUGCUAUGGAUGCGGAUUCUCCCUUGCUGUGGAUCCGGAUCGAUCCGGACAUGUCCAUCCUGCGUAAGGUGGAGUUUGAGCAGGCAGACUUCAUGUGGCAGUACCAGCUCAGGUACGAGCGUGACGUCGUGGCCCAGGAGGAGUCUAUUUUAGCCCUGGAGAAGUUCCCCACGCCGGCCUCCCGUCUGGCCCUCACUGACAUCCUAGAACAGGACCAGUGUUUCUACAAGGUCCGCCAGGGCGCCUGCUUCUGCCUCGCCAAGAUCGCCAACUCCAUGAUGAGCACCUGGACCGGUCCUCCAGCCAUGAAGUCUCUGUUCACCAGAAUGUUCUGCUGUAAGAGCUGUCCAAACAUCGUCAAGACCAACACCUUCAUCAGCUUCCAGAGCUACUUCCUACAGAAGACCAUGCCUGUAGCCAUGGCUCAGCUCAGAGACAUCCAGAACCUCUGUCCCAAAGACGUCCUCAACUUCAUCCUGGACCUCAUCAAGUACAACGACAACAGGAAGAACAAGUUCUCCGACAACUACUACCGUGCCGAGCUGAUUGACGCCCUCACCAACUCCCUGACCCCGGCCAUCAGCAUCAGUAACGAGGUGCGCACCGUGGACAACCUCAACGGAGACGUACGUCUCAUCCUGGAGGAGAUCACACGCUCUCUUAACAUGGAGAAACUACUGCCCAGCUACCGCAACACCAUCACUGUCAGUUGUCUCAGAGCUAUCCGGAUGCUCCAGAAGAAUGGUCAUAUUCCCAGUGACCCCUCUCUGUUUAAAUCCUAUGCAGAAUACGGACACUUUGUGGAUGUUCGUGUCGCAGCGCUGGAAGCUGUGGUGGACUACACAAGAGUUGACAGGAGCUCCGUGGAACUGCAGUGGCUGCUCAACAUGGUCCAGAAUGACCCGGCUCACUACAUCAGACACAAGAUCCUAAGCAUGCUGGGCAAAAACCCUCCCUUCACCAAAGCAGCCGAGUCUCCACUCUGCAACGAGGCUCUGGUCGACCAGCUGUGGAAACUCAUGAACUCAGGUACGUCUCAUGACUGGCGGUUGCGGUGUGACGCGGUGAAUCUGUACUACACUCUGUUUGGUCUGACGCGUCCCUCCUGCCUGCCCCUGCCCGAGCUGGGCCUGGUACUCAACCUCAAGGAGAAGAAGGCCGUGCUCAACCCCACUAUGAAGCCUGAACAGGGACCAGACACCACAGAGAUGACUGGCAACACCUUGGGUGUUCAUAUCCCUGUCAUGGGUUUCACUAGCAGUCUGGAUGAGGGCCUGAUCACCAUGGAGACAGUGUCUAGCGUGUCUAUGUCCAGUGGUGUGGCCCCACCCCCUCAGGGUCUGAAGAGGAAGUUGGACAGUGUCGUUGGCCCGCUGGGCUCGUCCUCACCGGAGCCAGGCCAGGUCCUGCAGGAAGAGGACACCAGUAAAAAAUUCAAGAUCAGAUUCAACACCGUGGAGGAAGAUGAGAUUGACAUGGAGAGUCCCCAUGACAGCCAGGCGUUCAUCCACCACCACCUCAACAUCCUGGAGAGGCCAUCCACACCAGGGAAGGAACCUCCAGCCGUGGACCAGGCCGUCCUCUCCCUGCCUGUCACCCCCUUACCUUCUUCCUUCGGCAAAGAGUCCACCUCUUCCUCCAAACACAGCGGUGACCACCACCAUCACCACCACCACCACGAGCACAAGAAGAAGAAGAAGAAGAAGCACAAGCAUAAACACAAGCACAAACAUGAGAGUAAAGACAAGGAGAGGGACUCCCAUGCCUUCAGUAACAGCCCUGCUAGUGGACGCUCCGUGAGGUCUCCAUCCAUGUCUGACUAGAACACAGCUCUGUCUCCUGGUUGGUCCUUCAGUAACAGCCCUGCUAGUGGACGCUCCCUGAGGUCUCCAUCCAUGUCUGACUAGAACACAGCUCUGUCUCCUGGUUGGUCCUUCAGUAACAGCCCUGCUAGUGGACGCUCUGUGAGGUCUCCAUCCAUGUCUGACUAGAACACAGCUCUGUCUCCUGGUUGGUCCUUCAGUAACAGCCCUGCUAGUGGACGCUCUGUGAGGUCUCCAUCCAUGUCUGACUAGAACACAGCUCUGUCUCCUGGUUGGUCCUUCAGUAACAGCCCUGCUAGUGGACGCUCCUGAGGUCUCCAUCCAUGUCUGACUAGAACACAGCUCUGUCUCCUGGUUGGUCCUUCAGUAACAGCCCUGCUAGUGGACGCUCCGUGAGGUCUCCAUCCAUGUCUGACUAGAACACAGCUCUGCCUCCUGGUUGGUCCUUCAGUAACAGCCCUGCUAGUGGACGCUCCGUGAGGUCUCCAUCCAUGUCUGACUAGAACACAGCUCUGUCUCCUGGUUGGUCCUUCAGUAACAGCCCUGCUAGUGGACGCUCUGUGAGGUCUCCAUCCAUGUCUGACUAGAACACAGCUCUGUCUCCUGGUUGGUCCUUCAGUAACAGCCCUGCUAGUGGACGCUCUGUGAGGUCUCCAUCCAUGUCUGACUAGAACACAGCUCUGUCUCCUGGUUGGUCCUUCAGUAACAGCCCUGCUAGUGGACGCUCCCUGAGGUCUCCAUCCAUGUCUGACUAGAACACAGCUCUGUCUCCUGGUUGGUCCUUCAGUAACAGCCCUGCUAGUGGACGCUCCGUGAGGUCUCCAUCCAUGUCUGACUGAGCUGUGAAACAUCAUCCUCAAGACUAGACUCCAACUGUCAGUGGUUCAACUCCUCUGAAUAGACCUUACUGGUUUGCUGCGUGUCAACUAGCCUGGAAUCCACACUAAAUAUUGCUGUUUCAGAGCUAAGUUUAGUUUGAAUUUGGAAAAUGGAGCAAUAUUCAGUGUGGAUCCAGGGCUGUGCCUGCAGUCAGUGUAGGAAUGUGUGUAGCCUAACCAACAUUCUGUGACGUCUUCAUUAACCACACAGAGAGGCAGACCUGUGGGCCUCUCCAGAAGGGAGCCCUUUGGUUUUAAAAGCAUCCCAGUCUCCAAUCACCUUAACCACACACAUACAUACCCACCACACACACACUUCUGGCUGUGCCCAAGCCUGUCUGUCUCCUACCAUCAUCAACAACAUUUUCAGUUAGUGGCUGUGCGUCCUCACAAGGGAACCUCUUCAGCCUGUUGAACCCGGUCUCACAGACUGCCACUAGACUUUCCCCCACGUUGCCCUGGACAUGGACUUACAGGUUUACUUUAACCCUGCAAUUAAACUAAGAGGAGAAAUUCCACUCUCGUUCAGAGACCCAAUCAAUUCAAUGGUGGCAGAAUCAAGAUUUUUUAAUAUAUUUUUUUAUUUUAUUUUUUAUUUCACCUUUAUUUAACCAGGUAGGCUAGUUGAGAACACCUUUAUUUAACCAGGUAGGCUAGUUGAGAACACCUUUAUUUAACCAGGUAGGCUAGUUGAGAACACCUUUAUUUAACCAGGUAGGCUAGUUGAGAACACCUUUAUUUAACCAGGUAGGCUAGUUGAGAACAAGUUCUCAUUUGCAACUGCGACCUGGCCAAGAUAAAGCAUAGCAGUGUGAACAGACAACACAAGAGUUACACAUGGAGUAAACAAUUAACAAGUCAAUAACACAGUAGAAAAAAAGAGAGUCUGAGAUGUUUCUAAACGUGUAGGAUGUAGAUUGUCUCUAAUUAGGCGGACCUGCAGUAGACCAUGAGAUGUUUCUAAACGUGUAGGAUGUAGAUUGUCUCUAAUUAGGCGGACCUGCAGUAGACCAUGAGAUGUUUUGCGUUCUAAACCGCACCCUAUUCGUUAUAUAGUACACUACGUUUGACCAGAGCCCAUACGGCUCUGGUCAAAAGUAGUGCAUUUUUAUUGGGAAUAGGGUGCCAUUUUGGAUGUAGCUGUGACUAAUAGCCUAAUUGAUGCCCUGUAUGACAUCACCAUACUGAAGAGUCAUUGGGUUGUUCUAUACCUGUUUCUAUUGCAUUCAUAUGGCACUGUUUCUAACCAUGCAUGUUUUAACUGUUAAAGUCAUUAGAUUGUGUCCUUGUCCCUCACCCAAUCAGUAACUAGAUUGUGGGUGGUUUCCUUGUCUCUCACCCAAUCAGUAACUAGAUUGUGGAUGGUCUCCUUGUCCCUCACCCAAUCAGUAACUGUUCUGUUCUUUAUUCAUUAUGUACUCCAGUUGUAUUGGAACCUUUUCUUCUAGGUUGGACAUGACUACAUUAUCAUAAAGAUGUUGGAAAAUAAAGCUUCUGAAGUCAAGAA